ACCAGGGACAGGAAAAGCAGUCGGGGCCCUGGGAUGUUGGACUUCCGGUCGCCAGUGCUUCUUAAUUGAGUCGUUCUAUUCCAGAUGGGUGGCCUUUGGUCCCCGGCCGGUUGGCUGUGUUGCUCGUCUCGGUCUAUAUCAUCCCCAGUGGGCGAUGUAUCGUUUUAUCUCCCCGUGGUCCCUUCUCCGUCAUCCUUCCUUUCUUCGAUAUCACCACACUGGUGCUUUCUUAUUCUUGCCCUGGUGGUGAUUCAGUGAUCUUAUUCUUCCAAUAACCGCAACCACUCGAUCUCCCUGAGGCCUACCCUUCUUGACUUGCCUUCUCCAUUUUGAACCAUGCCUCUCCCCGUUGCACUGGCGACAUUCGCCGCCUGUGGAAGCCUGGUCACGUCCGUAAAGUCAGGCUGGGAGCUGUCCCGCAUGAUACGCAAGAAGAUGGAAGCCAAGCAGGCCGAGGAGGAUGCCAGGCGCAUCUACCGAAGCCUGCGCAAGGCCUUCCACUACGGCCUCAUGAGCGAAGCCGAGUAUGACCGGUGGUACGAGAUGUUCCUCGCUGCGAAGGCGGAGAAGGACCUGCCCGGCCUCCGCAAAAUCCGCGCCCACAUCCGGACCCUCUACGAAGGCGCCGUGAGCGAGCGGAGGCGCUCCCGCUCGCGCUCCCGCGGCCCCGGGAGCAGCCCCGGCUCGAGCCAUCGUCGCAAAGACGGCAAGCGGAGACAGCCUCCCCACCUCGACACGUACCGGUAUGCGAUGCCCCGCGUGCCUGAGCCGCCGCAGCGGCACCAGGACAUCGAGUGGCCAAGGAGUGCCGGAUCCAUCGAGUAUUUUCCUCUCAGCGAGAAGGACAAGACUGUGGGGGUUGGAGGGGUUCGACUCGCCCGGCUCCAGCGCAGUUCUAGCGUGUCUUAUCAGAGUGGGAGCUCCCCGGAUGGGUCCUCCAAGACCAGGGUUAAGCGGGGGGUGUCGAGCCCGAGGCAGGAAAGAGGCAGGUGCAGGAGGCGCAAGGGUUCUGAUGACGACGACGACGACGACGAUAGCUCGUACAUGACUAACAAUGAGAAGCGGGAGCAUCGUGGCGCACGACGGUGAACUCGGCUGGAAUUUGUCGCUGUGCGAUUAACUGGGCAAGGGCUUGGUGUAGCGCGACCGGCGUUCGGGUUAUGCAUCGGUCCCAUGGCGUCCAAUAGCGAAUUAAGUACCUUCUCUAUUGUUUUUACGCAUAUUUGCAUUCA